CUUUCAAACCCUUCAACCAUUUCUGAAAGGAAAAGAAGAAGAAAAAGAGGGGUUACCCUUAUAACAAUCCUUCAACCUUGUCUUUUAUAGUUUUCAACAUUUUUUGGUUGUAUUGAAAGUUUCUUAUUUAGAAAUGACAUUCGAAAGAAACUCUCCGGCGGUGAGGUACGUGACGCCGCCACCGUCGUCGUGGAAGUCGAGACCUUUGCGUUCUCCCACUAUGCCUUUUUCAGAGAGAAAGAAAUCACCAGCAUCUGUGCAUAAAGAUGAUCUUUUUCAUGUAAUUCAUAAGGUUCCUGCAGGGGAUUCUCCUUAUGUAAAAGCCAAACAGGUUCAGUUGGUGGAUAAAGAUCCAGGUAGAGCAAUUUCCCUUUUCUGGGCUGCAAUUAAUGCCGGGGAUCGCGUCGAGAGUGCCUUGAAAGACAUGGCCUUAGUUAUGAAGCAAUUGAACCGGUCUGACGAGGCAAUCGAAGCUAUCAAGUCUUUCCGCCAUCUCUGCCCUUCUGAUUCUCAGGAAUCUCUUGACAACAUCUUGGUUGAACUUUAUAAGAGGUCAGGAAGGGUUGAUGAAGAGAUUGACAUGCUCCAUCACAAGUUGAAGCAAAUUGAAGAUGGUAUGACUUUUGUUGGAAGGACAACAAAACAAGCAAGAUCUCAAGGGAAGAAGAUUCAAAUAACUGCUGAACAAGAAAUAUCAAGGAUAUUGGGGAACUUGGCUUGGGCUUAUUUGCAAAAAGGUGAUUAUAAAGUUGCUGAAGAACAUUAUAGAAAAGCACUGUCCUUUGAGGUUGACAGGAACAAGCAAUGCAAUUUGGCAAUAUGUUUGAUGCAGAUGAACAAGAUUACAGAAGCAAGAUUUCUACUUCAGGCAGUAACCACGGCGACAAAAAACAGAAAGAUGGACGAUUCUUUCGUCAAAUCUUACGAACGCGCUACACAAAUGCUGCAAGAGAUGGAGUCAACAACAUCAUCAGUAGAUUCACUUAAAGAGAAAGGCGAUAAAUUUAAGGAAACUCAGAGAUUUUCAUCAGGGAAGAGCAUGUCACAGUACUCGACACCAAAUUCGGAGAACUUGAAUGGAAAGAACUCUGAUACGGUUAAAAGUAGGACAGAGAAUUGGUCUUUGACAUCUGAUGCGGACGAAUCUCGUCAUUCUCAUGCGAGGAGGAGAUUGUAUGAAUCUCCUGAUCCUUCAAAGGUUCCUUUCGCAAAACCGAAAAGACCUUCAUGGGGCUUCAACAAUGGAUAUCAAAGGGAAUCAUGGAGAGAUAACAACAAUUCAGAUCCUAUACAUUCAUUUGGAAGUUCUCCUAAUGAGAUAAUUAAACCAAACUCAACACAGAAUGAUUUUCUUCCAAAUGUCAAUUCAACGUGGAGGACAACAAGGACAGUAGAAGACACUGCAAUAGUAAAAUAUGGACCUACAAUAAAAGUAAACCAAGGGGAUAAAACAAUAGUAUUCGGUUCUGGUUCGAUAAUACACACUUCAAAUACAGAAGCAGCUAUGAAAUUCACAAACAAUGAUAACAAAUCUGCUACAAAUUUGCAUGACAUGGUUGUGAAUGGAGCUAAUGAAUUUGCAGCUUCUGUUAACACAGACCAAAAUCAAGGAAACGAAAAACCAAUCCAGAAGAAGAGUUGGGCUGACAUGGUAGAAGAAGAACAAACUGAUGAAUAUGAAUUCUUCAAUUUUGAUGGUCUGAAUCACGGUGCUCAUGUAUUUGGCGAUGAAAACUCAAACUCAAACAUAGUCUAUCAACCUCCUCUUUGGUCACAUAGCCACCAAACUGAAGGUUUGAACCAAAAGCUUGAAUUAUUGAACUUGAGAGAUGGAUAUAAUGCAUCUGUGAAUCCAACGGUAAGGCGUUCUUUGUUUAAUGAUUCGGAAUUGACGAAGGAAAGGGAUUCAUUCUUUGGAGAGGAGAAGUUAACAAGGAGAACCAGGCUGCAAGUUUUUCAGGAUAUUACUCCCUCAUGAUGAUGAACUUUGCCUAAGAUUUAUUUGUAUGUGGCUACAAAAAGAGCCUAAAACAAGAAAUAUAGUUAGUUAUACAAUACAGGUUUAUACUAUAUAGGAAAAAAAGGAGAAAAAUGUAAACUAAUAGUUAGUUAUUAGUAUGAAUAAUAAUUGUUAGGAUUGUUAUUUUUUUGAUUUUUUUUUGUUAGUCCUAUGACUUAUAAAUAGGACUAACUUUUUCACAGGGAGAUUAUUUUGUGAGUUUUUAACUAGAGAAUGCUCUAGUCUAGUGUAGGGGAGAAUAGUUCCUAUGUAUAUCUUUUCCCUUUUAAUCAAUAAAAUUCACGAGCGAAUAAUCCCGUUUCCCUAA